CCACUGCCCUGGGGAUAGCUCAGGCCCUAUUCGCGGUUGCUUUGGACUGAACUUGAGCUGAAGAGGGCUGGCUUGAAUUCAUCGUUGCAUUUCUCUUGCAAGAAAUACGGAUUCUUGAAAGAUCUCGCAUUUGGAAUUUGCGUUUUUAUUUGUUCUUCACCCUGGCCUCUUAGGGGAUAUAUCCGAAGCGAAAGGAGAGAAGAAGAGAGGGACUAGAGGAGGGAUAUGGCGCAGCGGUACGAAGACUUGCCCCACUACGGGAUGGACGGGGUGGGUAUCCCCACCACCAUGUACGGCGACCCGCACGGUGCCCGCUCCAUGCAGGCCGUCCACCUCAACCACGGCCCCCAGCUACACUCACACCAGUACCCGCACACAGCCCACAGCAACGCCAUGCCGCCUAGUAUGGGCUCGUCCGUCAACGACGCCCUGAAGAGAGAUAAAGACCAGAUAUAUGGGCACCCCCUGUUCCCCCUGCUUGCACUGAUUUUUGAGAAAUGUGAAUUAGCGACUUGCACGCCCAGAGAGCCUGGGGUCGCGGGAGGAGACGUUUGUUCAUCGGAAUCUUUCAAUGAAGAUAUAGCAGUGUUUGCAAAACAGAUUCGGGCAGAAAAGCCGUUAUUUUCAUCGAAUCCAGAACUGGAUAACCUGAUGAUUCAAGCCAUUCAAGUUUUACGGUUUCAUCUUCUUGAGUUGGAAAAGGUACACGAACUAUGUGACAAUUUCUGUCACCGGUACAUCAGCUGUCUGAAAGGAAAGAUGCCCAUCGACUUGGUGAUCGACGACAGAGAGGGCGGAUCAAAAUCAGACAACGAGGAAAUAACAAGAUCAUCCGGGCCUCUUGAUCAG